AUGCGCCCAUCAAUCGGCUGGAAAACUUUUUACGCUGGUUGGGCCCUGGCCUCAACCGGCUUCUGCACUAGCAGUGGCCUCUUGGCUGACCUGCAAGUCGAUCUCCAAGAAUGGGCUUCAGCAUACAACCAGUCCGUCGCCGCAGUGGCAACCCUAUCCAAUGUAGACAAGAUCCGGCUCAUCUCCGGCCAAAGCGUGCCUUCCAUCAACUUUGAGCCCUAUACAGCCGACGACGGCUCCCAAGGGCUAGAGAGCUUCUUCUACGUGACCUCAUUUCCUGAAUCCUCGGCGAUGGCCCAGACCUGGGACCCCGAGCUCAUCAAAGCCAACUUCCAUGCCGUCGGUCAGGAGUUCUACGGCAAAGGCUACACCAUGAUCAACGGUCCAACGGUUGGCCCACAAGGCCGCACCCCCUGGAGCGGCCGUCUAGUGGAAACCCUAGGUCAGGACGUCUACCUGGCCGGAAUUGCAUUCGCACACGCCACCGAGGGCAUCCGCGAAGCCGGCAUCAUCCCCUGCGGCAAGCACUUCCUCCUCAACGAGCAGGAAACCAAUCGCUCCGAAGUCUACUGGUCCAACAACGGAGUCACCGUCCCCCUCAACAACACCGCCUACUCCAGCAACGCCGACGACAAGACCCUCCACGAAGCCUACCUCUGGCCCUUCUACGAUGGCGUCAAAGCCGGCCUCGGCGCCGUAAUGUGCGCCAUGAACCGCGUCAACGGGACCUACGCCUGCGAAACCCCCAACCUGCUCAACAACAUCCUCAAAACCGAACUGGCAUUCCCAGGCUUCGUCACCCCAGACACCUCGGGCCAACACACAGCCCUAGGCUCUGCCAACGCCGGCAUGGACUUCGGCGCUACCUCCUUCUGGAACCCCCAGACCCUCCUCCCAGCCCUCGCCAACGGCUCCCUCUCCCAAGCCCGUCUCGACGACAUGGCCAUCCGCAACCUCAUGCCCUACUUCCAGCUCGGCCUCAACACCAAAACAAUCCCCCCCAAUCCCCCGGCCACAGCCCCCGUCGACGUCCGCGCCAACCACCGCGCCCUCGUCCGCAAAGCCGGCAGCGCAGCCAUCACCCUCCUCAAAAACACCAACAACACCCUCCCCCUCCACAACCCACCCUCCAUCGGCAUCUUCGGCUCCCACGCCCGUCCCACGCUCAUCGGCCCCGGCACAACAAUGGACGACGUGCACACCCACACCACCUGGCCCGGCCACCUCAUCUUCUCCGGUGGCUCCGGCAUCAGCAGCCCUUCCUACCAAAUCACCCCGUACGACGCCCUCCUCUCCAAAGCCCUCCAAGACGGCACCCAACUCAUGUGGGCAAUGGACGACGACCUCCCCAUAAUCCCCUACACCGCGGUAACCGGCACAAUGGGAACCUCAGCAGCGCCCACCUUCGCCGGCUACGCCUCGGCCGUAUCAACCUGCCUCGUCUUCAUCAACGCCUGGAGCGGCGAAGGUCACGACCGCAGCGAACUCCGCAACAUCCCGCAAGACAAGAUGAUCCUCACCGUGGCCCAGAACUGCGCCAACACCAUCGUAAUCAUCAACACCGUCGGCGCCCGUCUCCUCGACUCCUGGAUCGACCACCCCAACAUCACAGCCGUCCUCUACUCCUCCCUCCUAGGCGAACAAUCAGGCAACGCUAUCAUCGACGUCCUCUACGGCACCGAAAAGGUCUACCUCGAUUACAAGUACUUCGACGCGCACAAUAUCACCCCGCGCUAUGAAUUCGGCUUCGGGCUCUCUUACACUACUUUCAACUAUUCGGUCCCUCCUGCGAUCAGCUACGUGAAUGGUUCCGCUCUUGCCCAUCCCAUCCCCACGGGUAAACUUAUCCCUGGCGGGAAGGCGGAUCUCUGGGACGAGGUCAUGCGGGUUACGAUGAAUAUCACGAAUACGGGGGAUAGGGAUGGUGCGGAGGUCGCGCAGCUGUAUGUUUCGUUUCCUGAGGAGGCGGAUCAGCCGGUUAGACAGUUGCGAGGGUUUCAGAAGGGCACUUCGAUUAAGGUGCUUGGUAAGGAGAAAUGA